ACGAACGUUAUUUCCGGUGCACGUGUUAGAAAAACGUGCUGAAAGUUGCUGUUUGUUCAUGCGUAUUUUUCUACAGUCGGGUAGCAAAGUAUAACUGGAUUUAAUUUAGAAAAAAUACAGGUGUUGGUUUCUAAUUAGUCGGCGUACGGCCGUUACAUUAUUCGUGUGUUGCAGCUUUUGAGAUCAAAGCUCUGCGUGAAAACACUAUUGCUUCUUACUAGUUUCAGAUUGUUUUGCUGUUUUGUAGGUUCUCAGAAAAUCUCAUUUUAUUCUCGGACCAGCCUAGAAAAGCUACGUUUCAUGAACUGUAGAGAGCUGAUAUAGGUCCGGUUAUGGCUGAAGCCGUCUUCCAGGCGCCGAAACGCCGCGCUAGGGUGUAUGAAUCGUAUGAAGCACCUUUCCCUGUUCCAGUAUCUGCAGAGGAUGCUAAAUUUCAAGAACACUGCGUCUAUAGAGCAGAACUAUUGAAUCAGCAUGUCAUCGUCAGGGAUCCCGACCACAUACAAGCCUUAUAUGGGAAGGGUUAUUUCGGGAAAGGCAUCUUGUCAAGGAGCAGACCAGAGCAUAGCAUCUCUGAAAAGUGGAAAAAUGUCAGUGACGGAUGUCUGCCCGUGGUCUCAUUCAUACAGUACCAGCAGCUUGUAAACUUGGCCCGGGACGUACUCCUAGCACAGGGGUUGGACGAGGAGGAUGCCAAUGAGUUGCUGGAGAAGUACACCCAACCAGUCACUUUAGAUCUGACUGGAGUAACAGGGGAGGAGGAGGAGGCACCCAAAGAGGCUAUGUACAGCCCUACUAUUGGAGAGGAAAUGGGGAGAUCUCCUAACUAUGGGUCCCCAGGGCCCUCUGGCGUUGACAUUCAUGGAGGCGAAAGAACAGAGAGCACCAGCUCUGACUGCACUGGAGCUGCGCUGCAGAAACGACAGGGUGAUUCUAGGUAUGACCCCCUGGCUCACGUGUACCCCUGUGAGCCCGAGGCGGUGGACCCCAAAGCCCUGUCCAGCAUUAAGUGUGCCAAGCAUGAUGACUGGAUAGCCCACUGUGGCUGCCGACUGAACAAUUCCAUGCUGAGGACGGACAUUCCAGUGCACAGGAAGGAGCAAAGCCGUACUCUGACCUCGGGGCACCAGUACGUCCUCGUGGAGGAGCAGGAGCAGCUGGAGGGUGUGGAUGCUAUAGACAACAGCUCUUGCAAUAUUAACAAAACAGAACGAUUGGUGUGCAGGGUGAACCCCUUUACGAUUGUGGAGUACUUGCAACUGAGUCUGGAAGAGGCCUUCUUCUUGGUAUAUGCUUUAGGAUGUUUAUCCGUUUAUUACAAUGAGGAGCCAUUUACAAUUAUUCACCUGUGGAAAGUGUUCAGGUCCAUUCAGCCUAACUUUGAGACCUCCUACAUGGCUUACCACUACUUCCGCUGCAAAGGGUGGGUGCCCAAAGUCGGGAUGAAGUAUGGAACUGACCUCAUGCUGUACCGCAAAGGACCUCCAUUUUAUCAUGCAAGCUACUCUGUGGUGGUGGAGAGAGUGGACGAUUCCUUCAGGGGAGCAGCGCUCCGACCGUUCAGCUGGCGCUCGUUAGCCGCCCUCAGCAGAAUCACAGGAAACGUCUCGAAGGAGCUGAUGCUCUGUUACAUCAUCAGGCCAUCAGAUAUGACAGAGGAGGAGCUGUCCUCACCGGAAUGUAUCAAAACGAUCAAAGUUCAGGAGAUCAUUGUGAGCAGAUGGAUUUCCUCGAGAGAACGCACAGACCAAGAUGAGCUGUGACCCUAGUCACAUUUGCUUUUGUCAGGACCACCAGCUUUUUUCACCAUUCCAUUUAAAUUGUUUUCUCUGCUGCUUUGAACAUAAUUGUUACUUUGUAAUCCUGAUACUAGGAUUUUGCAUUCAGUCAUUUGUUUAUGAAGUCAUGCAAUGAAGCUUUAAAUGAUG